AUGUGGACGGGGGCCGGCCGGGCAGGCAAUUCCUCGGUGAGGGGCAAUUCUCGGGCACGGAGGCUUCGACGAGGGUUCGAUGAGAUUGCCUGUUUGGGUGGGAUCGACGUUGAGCUGUCUGUCCGGCUCUGGGUUGAACCGUGGUUCGCGGUUGGGGAGGAUGUCGGGCGACGCGGAUGUGGUAGGGUUUGGAGAUGCCGAGAUUUAACCACGUCUCCUUCUCGUGUGGUUGAGGAUGGGGGGAAAGGGACUCGUAUACAGUAUGGUGCCCGUGGAAGCUUGAUGAUAGCGGUUCAUCUCGAGAUGGGAGGGAUGUACCUGUCACCUCAGUUAUCAGUUCCUAACGCAGGUGCCUGCUCUGAGUUACACCCGUGUUUGAUGUCUAGCGGUCGAUCCGGCGAAGCGCUUAAGCGGCCUGCCUCACGAUCGUAUCGAAUCGCCUCGAAAUUGAGAUGCGAGCACAUUUUCCAGGUGCUUCCAUAUAACAAACAGCGGGGAGGGAUCCUGGAUAGUCAGGUACUAGGUACAUCCUGCCACCGCCUCGCACCCGGGCUAGAGCUGCAGCGGCAGGGAUGUGCCUCGAGGAUAGUUCACGGCCAGGCUGUACGGUGCAUGCGGCCUGUCAGGAGUGGGAUCCUCUACCGAUUUAGACUCACCGUAGCGGCUGCUAGACUAAGGCCGACUAGAAUAUUCGAGGCGGGCCCAAAUCCACGAGGCCAGCCCAAUCAUCACGGCUUCAAUAGUCAGGCGCAUCCACCACGGGCGCAGGGGAAGCCGAAGAAAGUCGACAGCGGCAAGUCAAAAAGGCUCAACGGCCGAGGUGCACCGGAAGCGCUAACCCGAAGCGGUACCGAAUGUGUCUACACGCGACGCGUACCUACUAGUAGAGACCGCCCUGGAGAGGCGACUGGUUCGGGGACUGAGGACUCCAAUCCGGAGGCGAGGUUCAAGGGAUCCACCAGCUUUGGGAAAAGCGGUUCUCCAGUUGAUUGGUUUCCACUCCCACCGGUGCAAAGGCCCCAUUCUGAGCAGCCAUCUAUCCAAUCCAACCCAAACCCAGUCCAUGCUUUCCGUUCCAUCUCUUUCCCCUUCACCCACCCUGUUUUCUUAUCCGAUCGGAUUGAUUGGCACGGGAGACCAGUCGGACACAACGGUCGUCUUGCUUGCAAGGGGAUAGGGAUAGCAGUGGAUGUAUGUGUGAAUGUGUCAAUAGUAGUGUACGAAGUUAGUAACUGCACACUGGCUCCCCUCCCCGUGAUCAUUCACCACUGGAGAUGGAUUGACCAUUGCUACUUCCGAGGCUUUGGGAAGGGAACACCCAUGUACGGGAGAGUAGCUGGUCUCAUUCACCGGUCGAGCGUUCCGUGGUCUGUAGCCGUCGCCCAGAAACGUCUCUCUGUGUCUGUGUCUGUCUCUCCCUGUCUCUCUUUCAGCUGCGACUAUUACAAAGUAGUCUAUCCGAUGGCGGUUGGAGACCGGGAGAAUAAUGGGGACGACUGUGUACAUCGUGAGGAGGAGUGGGGGAAGACAAUGGAGAUCGCUCAAAGGGGAAAGUUAUCAGAUGCGGGCAUUAAUCCAUUUUCGAUGAUGUUACCGUGUUCCCAGUACGUGAGGCCAAUAAACCUGUUGCCACCAGACCGGGAUGCAUACUUGAUUGCCUCAGGGGGAAAAAGAUACGGAAGAUCCUCGAUCGAAGGAAUGUCCGGUGCGGGUGGGAAAGCAAGAGGCGGUCAAGGAAGGGAGGGAGAGGGUGCAGCCAUCCUCCAGUCUGGAUAUUACCGUGGACGGGCAGCAGGAGUAACACCGCAUUUGUCCAUCCCACCCACCCGGUACGAAUGUCAUGAAUCUGCCAAGAACCGGGCAGAAGUAGAUAGAUGGAUGGAUGUAUUACUUCUUUCAUUUUCAUAUGACUAUCUCGGAGUUAAUGUCUGUAUACAACGUCGCUAG